AUGCCACACCACACGCACGCGCCUCAAAACGGAAUAGACGGUAGCCAUGCCAAUGGCGUGCACAAGAAAGAGAGCUCCGCGAUCGAAUAUACCCACCAGGCGAAAAAGCUAGCGCAACUCACGCCCGAUCAAGAGGACGAUAGCACAGGAUCCACGCAAGCUGCCGAAGCCAAGUUCGUCACGCCUUUGGAUCCUGUCAUUGAAACUACAGACGGGAAGAGACUGCCUGCGAUACCCAUCGAGGAGGCUGCGGCACUCAAUAAACUGAAAGAUGAGGUGGAAGGGAGGAAUCCGAGGACGACACCUCAUGGGGCGGUGCGAGAAGGUAGAGAUGGAACCACACAUGGAGCAUACGGCUCUAGGCCUACUUCUUCGCAGCAGAACGAUGACACGGACGCUCCUUUACGAGAGGCAGUCCCUCCCUCUCGAACGAAUCCCUUAUUCCCACCACUUCCUCUGUACGGACCACCGACAUGGUUGAGAACGUUUCAAUGCUGGUUCUUUCGCAUGUCAUCUGCUGUCUUAUCCCUAGGCUUCCUAAUAGCGAUUGUAAUUGGUGCUAUAUUCGACGCGAUUCCGCGGAUCUUGAAGAAUACUCGGCGGCGAGCCAUGCUCCAGAAUCCCAAGAAGCAGCGGCCGUUCUACGAUGAGGAAAUGAAGAGACGGCAAGAACGUAGGGCGGCAGAGAAGACGUGGGUGCAGCAGCGGCAAAAAGGAUCACAGACUCCUUCUGGUGAGAAGGGUGAUGGCAGCGUACCCCAAGACGGCGAGUUCGUGCCUACAGAAGGCGGUCCAGAUCCCUUGGUCGUCGAUGUAAGCUACUAUGCAAGGCGCGUAGGACUCGACGCAGAAACGUUCGAAGUCCAGACCGAGGACGGCUUCAUCAUCGAGCUUUGGCACAUCUUCAAUCCAAGAGAAUACAAACGACCACCCCCAGAAUCCUACCGAUACCGCUCUCCAGACUGCUUCCGGACGAGUUCCGACGCACCAGGAUACGGUCAAACCCAGGAAGCAUUCCCAGACGGGAAUAAGAAGUAUCCCGUCCUCAUGAUCCACGGCUUGCUGCAGUCUUCAGGCGCCUUCAUCUGCAACGACGACGAUUCCUUCGCAUUCUACCUGGCCAAAUCUGGUUAUGAUGUAUGGCUCGGCAAUAAUCGCUGCGGAUUCGAGCCAAGACAUACCUCGCUCAGGUACGAAGAUCCUCGAAUGUGGGCGUGGAAUAUCCGGCAGAUGGGUGUCAUGGACUUGGCCGCUCUGGUAUCGCGGGUACUCUCCGAGACUGGAUUCCCCAAGCUUGCCCUUAUAGCUCACAGCCAAGGCACAACGGAGACGUUUGUCGCACUGGCCAAAGAGCAGAGGCCAGAAAUCGGCGAGAAGAUCUCCGUCUUCUGUGCUCUUGCGCCGGCUGCUUAUGCCGGCCCACUCAUUGGCAAGAUCUAUUUCAAAGUCAUGCGCUUGAUCACACCGUCGAUGUUCAGGCUGGUGUUUGGGAUCCACGCGUUCAUCCCUCUGAUGUUGUUGGCACAUAAGAUCAUGCCGGCGAAACCGUUUUCCUGGAUGGGCUACCACGUAUUUUCGUUCUUGUUUAACUGGUCGGAUAGUAGGUGGGAUCGAGGAUUGAGAGACCGCAUGUUUCAGUGGGCUCCUGUGUAUGUCAGCGCCGAGAGCAUGAGAUGGUGGCUAGGGCGAGAGUGUUUCGCCAGACAUAAAUGCAUCCUGGCAACGCGAGAAGAAGGCCGGCUGGAAGACAAGGAGGACGAGGAGGACGACGAAGUCAUAAGAAGAUUCUACAUCGACCGCGAACCGCACGUCCCCGAACGCCGCAAACUCCAACGCAACCUCACCUCCUUCCACUGCCAAACCCUCACGCACCAACACCACGACUCGACGCGCGGCAAAUUCGCCUGGUACGACAAACAAUUCCCGCCCCUGGCCCUCUGGGUCUGCGGCGCCGACGACCUCGUCGACGGCCGCCGCCUCCUGCGCCGCUUCGACCGCGGCCGCGAACCGGACGUCCGCAUCGUGCACAAGAAGAUCAUCGAAGGCUACGAACACCUCGACGUCAUCUGGGCCAUGGACGCCAUCGAGAAGGUCGGCAAGGAAGUCCGCGAGGUCAUCUGGCGCACCGUCGACCCCAACAGCCAACGCCGCUGCCGCACCCCCGUCGGCUGCGCGAACCCGCUCGAAGCCGACCCGCCCACCCUCGAUGUCCCCAUGAUGCACUCCGGCGGCCGCCAGCGCAUGGCGAGCAUCUCGGAACGGCCGCCGAAUUUCAAGAUCUGGCAGGGGGAUGCCACCGAUGAGGAUAUCCAGGUCGUGGAUUCGUCCAAGGAUGCGUGGGAGGAUAAUAAGGCGGAGUGGGGAGAGCAUCCCGAGGAGGUGGACGCGGCGAUUUUCAAUCGGAGGUUGUCUGAGGCGCAUUUUGUGGAUUUGAAGGAGAAGGGGAAUCCGUUGGAUCAGGCUGGGGGCGGCAUGUCGCAUGGGUAUUUGGGGGUUGUGAGGGAGUGA